GGUGAAGCGGAUGUUUAUAUUCUGCGUGAACAGUGAAGAAUGUGCGAGCAAUGACAGCUGAAGUGAGAGAUGGAUCGAGAACGCAGAACACAUUCAGCACAACACUCCAACACACCAUUGCAUCGUCUGUCAUGCAUGCAUCUUGGCCUAUAGCCUGUGCUGUGUAAAGCCUAUCACGCUACAGCGCAGGGAAGGGACAAGGGCUGUGCUUCCUGACUCAAACCCAGACCUGCUGCUCCAUGUUUCCUAUGCUAACCCUUCUGAGCAUGUUUUACUAUAUCUGUCUGCGGCGGCGCUCCAGGAGCGGGACGAGGAGCGAGGCGUUGGGUAGCCGGCGAGCGGUGGAGCUGGGUCAGCGUUCGGCGCUGCCCGUCACUGUGGAGGUCGAGCAGUAUGGCAAGGAGGUCCUGGACUUCAGCUCUCAUUACGGUAGCGAGAACAGCAUGUCCUAUACCAUGUGGAACCUGGCGGGGGUGCCUAACGUCUACCCCAGCUCAGGAGACUUCACCCAGACGGCCGUGUUCCGCACUUACGGAGGCUGGUGGGCGCAGUGUGUUAGCUCCGCUCUUCCGUUCCGUCGUACGCCGCCCAAUUUUCAUGCCCAAGACUACCUGGAGCUGGCCUUUGAGGAGCCUGUCUAUCCCACAGCUGUGGAGGUGCUGGAGACCUACCACCCCGGGGCCAUCGUCAAGAUCCUAGCGUGCUCACUUAACCCUUUCUCCCAGAACCCACCGGUUGACGUCAGGUGGGAGGUUCUGUGGGCCGGCAGUCCCAACAAAGCUGUGACCCCUCAAGCUCGCCAGUUCUCCCCUAGCAUCAGACAGAUCAGUUUUGCCACCAACCUGCUGCGUCUGGAGGUGAACUGCUCUCUGUUGGAGUACUACACAGAGCUGGACGCGGUGAUACUGCGAGGCGUUCGAGAGAGACCCAUUCUGGCCCUCUAUAAGAUCCCUGUCAUCGACAUCAAUGAUCUGAGUGACAGCGAAGAAGAGAUCAGUGAUGCAGGAGGCCUCUGCUGCAGGUCGGGUGGAGAAAACAAGCAAAACCUGGGAAACGGCUUCUUUGAUAGGCUCCCUUAUGAGUUAAUCCAGCUGAUCGUGAGUCACCUGCCGGUUCCGGACCUGUGCCGAUUGGCUCAGUGCUGCAAGCUCUUUCACAAGCACUGCUGUGACCCGCUGCAGUACAUCCAGCUCAGCCUGCAGCCGUACUGGGCCCGGCUCACCGAUGCCUCUCUGUGCCACCUGCAGAGCCGCUGCACCCUCCUGCAGAGACUAAACAUGUCCUGGACAGGCAACCGCGGAGCCGUGACGGCCACUGGCUUCUGCAGCUUUAUGAAGGCCUGUGGGGUGAGUCUGGUGUGUUUGGAGCUGUCGUGCUGUCAUUUCCUGACUGAAGCGUGUUUAGAGGUGAUCGCCCAGACGUGUCCCUGCCUCCAGGAGCUCAAUUUGGCUUCCUGUGACCGUCUGCAACCACAGGCGUUCAAUCACAUCACCAAACUCGCUAAUCUACGCAGGCUGGUGCUGUACCGCACUAAAGUUGAGCAGUCAGCCUUGUUGAGCAUCCUCACAUUCUGCCCAGAGCUCAGGCACCUUAACCUGGGAAGCUGUGUCAUGAUUGAGGACUAUGAUGUUGUGGCGAGCAUGCUGAGCGCACGCUGCCGUUCUCUGCGCUCCCUCGACCUGUGGCGCUGCAGGAACCUGAGCGAGCGUGGACUGGCGGAGCUGGUUUCGGGCUGCAGGCUCCUGGAGGAGCUGGACCUGGGUUGGUGCUCCACGAUUCAGAGCAGCACCGGCUGCUUCCAGCACUUGGCCCGCAGCUUGCCCCGCCUACGCAAGCUCUUCCUCACCGCCAACCGCACCGUGUGUGACGCUGACCUGGAGGAGCUGGCCGCUAACUGCAGUGCUCUGGAGCACCUUGAUAUUCUGGGCACACGGAUGGUGAGCCCUGCAUCUCUGCGGAAAUUACUGCAGUGUUGUCCUCGGCUAAAGCUGUUGGAUGUGUCCUUCUGCUCGCAGAUCGACUCUCGCUUCGCCCAGGAGCUCAGUGGCCUUUUCCCGAAUGUGUCCAUCAAGAAGAGUUUCACUCAGUAAAACUCGAUGGGCCUUCCUGAGCAGGAGCAGCUUCUUGGGACGGACUUUAAGACCCUUGGGAAAAGGGUGGUGCAUUCUGGUGCUGUGGACUUGCUGCCUUGAACUGCACAGAGCUGUGAACUGCCGCUUGGAAGAUGUUAUGGAUGUUUCACACUCUCUCCGCUUGAACGGUCUCACUAUGUAUUGAAUCUCACACAUUUCAGCAAACCUCAGUUUUUGAUCUUAAUCUCAGGGUUUUAUUUUUGUCUUCAGAGAGACGUUUGUAGUAUGCUGUACUACAGCCUAAGGGUUUCGUUUUAAACAUACUUAUUCAAGUGUAUCGGUACCAAUGUUUUGUUUGCAUUGUUAAAUGUCGUCAAAUCGCUGUUGAAUAUUGUGAAAUAGUAACAUGGUGUACUAUGAUUAUUUAUUAAUUGACUGAUUAUAAAUUCAGGGCCACAUUGACUUGAAUCGUGGGCACAGAAAUCUUUUUGUGGCAAUAGCUAGUUUGAGUGAAACUGCCCAUAUUUUGAGUCAAUCAUGUUAUGCACUUGUAUGCAGACACAAUAGGGCAAAUACCAAAACAUAAGCUUUUCUCUAUAGCAAAACUUGACAUUUUCUUUUACACAGGUGCAUGCUAACCGUUAGAUGACAUAUCCUUGUGCCUUAGGUUUAAAGAGAGAAGUGCUUUGUAAAUUUGCUGGUCGUCUGUAUUGUGCUAUGCUAAAUUGCGAUUUGCCAAAAACACCCUAAACCAAAGGGUUUUUCUUUUUUUUUAAUAGACUUUAAUUUUGAAAAACACAGAUGGCAAGUGCUGUGUUUUCUUUAGAGAUGUACAAUUAUUUAAGUCAAAACAAGGAUAAGGAGAAAAUGUUUAAUACUUUUGGUAAAAGUUUAAGUGCCAUAUCUAUUUUUUUAAUUGUUCUUUCAAUUUGACAUACCUGUUCUUCACUAGCACCCUGUAAACAAACUCUUAACGUUAAUUUGAAGCAACUGAACAUUAAAUAGACUGAAUUUAUGUUAAAUUCUACAGUAGUUACAGUGAAUUAAUGUUGUCAUUUAGGAUAUUGUAUUAAAAUUGUGCUGUUUGGAAGAAGUGGGCUUUUUGCAUUAUUUCAGAGCGACUGAGAGUGACACUCAUGAGGUCUUGGUUCAAUAAAGUGAGGCUUAAUAUUU